GUUUGUAACUUCCUAGUGUUUUGAAACGUAAACAAACUUGCACAACGGCACAUGGUGACAUAUAUGUAAAAGACAACAGUAGUAAGUAUUACAUAUAGCUGACAGGACUGAUGAUCAUCUGAAACAAUGGCUUCAGGAAGUUCUACAAAGGAGGGUUUUAAGUUGGAGGAGAAGAAGGGGGAUCUGUUCUCUUGCCCCACUUCCCACUCACUGGCACAUUGUAUAAGCGAGGACGUCAGAAUGGGGAAGGGAAUAGCUGUGCUCUUUAAGAAAAAAUUUGGAGGGGUUGAGGAAAUCAAAAGACAAGGUGUGAAGCCUGGCGGAGUAGCUGUGUUGGAGAGAGGUGGAAGAUUUGUGUACUACCUCAUCACAAAAGUCAAAUACAGUGAUAAACCAACAUAUGACAGUCUUAGAUCUAGCCUAGAGGCCAUGAAAGAGCAUUGUAUAAAACACAAAGUGAAGCAGCUGGCAAUGCCUAGGAUUGGGUGUGGCUUAGACCUACUGAAGUGGGAAGAAGUGUCAGUGAUUUUGAUAGAGACAUUCCAUGAUACAGAUAUAAACAUUACUGUCUACAGUUUAUAAUUAGCAUUGUCUGAUGUUUGUUUCCGCUUUAUUGUGCUGAGCAUUGAAUAUUGUACUAUUACAUGACCUCAUGAAGGAAAUAAGUCAUGCCUAUUGUUGUUAAUGUUUAUUGGGUUUUUUUUCUCAGCAAAACUUGAUCUUUUUGUAUAAUCAUUGAUGAUUAAGUUUAAUUUGAUAUGUUUUCUUCCCAAAUCAGGAUCUAACCCAUAGAAUUCAAAUGUAACUUACACAGCAAUUCUACCACACUGGUUUGAACAACGGGGAAAUUCAGUGGUCAUGUGUACAUGUACAUUGUAACAUCCGUGUCUCAAAUCUGUACUUUAUUCUGUUAUUCUUAUACAAAGUAGUAUAAAUGACAGAUGAUGAAUCACA